GUGAUCUUGAAAUAUUCAGUUGUAUCAACCGGAGUGUAAUGUUGUCUGGGAAUGCGUAACAUUUACGGAGCAUCAGCGAUACCGUAUGUACGGAUAUGUACCGGUACGCUGCCAGUCGGAAGCUGCGUGUCGCGCGGCUGCGAUAGGUCUGGAAAGCUGUCCAGAUCCAGCCGCGCUCCCAUCUUACCCUCCCGCGCGACAACACCACACAAGAGCAACCUAAGCUGCCAUAAACCGGUCCGAAAACCCUCCUCGGCCCGACGCCGUCCAACAUCCGCGCGAAUCAUCACCAUGAUUUCGGACUCGGAGCUCUACCGCCUUGCCAUCUUCCUGGGCUCGGCGGCGAUGAUUCUCAUCAUCCUCUACCACUUCUUCGAAGUCAAUGCCGACAAGGACGAGGACAAGGCUGUGAAGGAGAAGGUGCCAGCGAAACCAGGGCCUCAGCCGACGACGACUUCGUCAACCAAAGCAAGAUAGGAGGCGGAGC